AUGGCUUGGGGGGUAUGGGGCAGGGCUCGGGGGGGCCCUGUGGGGGCCCUAACCCUGACAGCUCUGGCUGAAGAGAUCCGGGCCAACCAGGGGCAGCCCCCAGGACCCUCUUCCAUUGACCCUCAGCCUGAACCUGAGCUUGAACCUGAGGCGGAGCCUAUGGGUGUCACUGCCAUCCCCACAGCCCGCCCUGUGCCCUGCUCUCUGCCCAGGGUGCAAGAGCCAGCCCCCAAGGGGCUCUAUCAGGACCCCCCAAGUUCCUGGGAGGAGGGGGCCCUGGCUGACCUGGCAUUGUAUGCGGCUGCCUGCCUGGAAGAGGCUGGCUUUGCGGGGACCCAGGCAACAGCCCUCACACUGUCCUCAGCCCUGGAGGCCCGGGGGGAGCGUCUGGAGGAGCAGGUGUAUGCCCUGGUGCGCGGGCUGCUGGCACAGGUGCCCAGCCUGGCCGAGGGGAGGUCCCGGCAGGCGGCCCUCCGGGUACUGAGUGCGCUGGCCCUGGAGCAUGCUCAGGAGGUGGUGUGUGCGCUGUUGCCCAGCUCGCUGCCCCCGGACCGGUAAGUUGGACUUCUCGGGACGCUGGUGCGGCGGGGCCGGGGCGGGCUCCAGCUGGGGCUCCGCGGCCCCCUGCGGAAGCUGGUGCUGCAGAGCCUCGUGCCGCUGCUCUUGCGCCUGCAAGAUCCCAGCAGGGACGCCGCUGAGAGUUCAGAGUGGACCCUGGCCCGCUGUGAUCACGCCCUCCGUUGGGGCCUGCUGGAGGAGAUGGUCACCGUGGCCCACUACGACAGCCCUGAGGCCCUAAGCCGCAUCUGCCACUGCCUGGUUCAGCAGUACCCGAGUCACAUCCCCAGCUUUCUGAGCCAGACCCAGGGCUACCUGCGGAGCCCGCAGGACCCCUUGCGCUGGGCAGCUGCUGUGCUCCUAGGCUUCCUCGUCCAUCACACAAGCCCCAGCCGGGUCAACCAGGACCUGCUGGACUCCCUGUUCCAGGACCUGGGGCAGCUGCAGAAUGAUCCAGAGCCAGCCGUCGUCGCCGCGGCUCAAGUGUCCGCCCAACAGGUGGCGCUGCUGGCCCGCGCACAGCCGGGGCCGCGCCUCCCGCGCCUCCCGCGUCUCCUCCGCCUGGGCCUCUGGCGCCGCGCGGGUCCCCACCGACCCCCACCAGUCUACGCGAGCAGUCCAUUCCAGCCCCGGAGCGUCGUGGGCCGCUGGGGCUGCUUGGGAUCCGGCUGUGCCUGA